AUGGGUAACUGCGUACUGUUGAAUCAAGUGUUUUCGCUCUUGAACAAUGAUGGAGCACUCAAUAAAACCACUCUUUUUAUCAAGGUGCAGAACUCUUCUAACCUACAAGCCUCUCCAUCGCUUGCGUCUUCAGAGAAGAAACCAAAGCGUGUGGCAACGAUAGUACGAUCCGCUAUUGGAGCUUCGUUUGGUUUGCUUUUCAUGGUUUUAACUUGCUUUGACUUUCUUUCCAGAAGGAGAAAAGGACUCGAGGAAGUGGAGGAAGAGUUCCUUGACCAUGUACCAGGAAUGCCUACAAGAUUUUCUUUUGAGGAACUAACUGUUAUGACAGAAAAUUUCAGUAAGAAACUUGGGGAAGGAGGAUUUGGUUCUGUAUUUGAAGGAACAAUGAAUGAUGGCACUAAAAUAGCAAUGAAGCGUCUCCAAGGUUUCGGUAAUGUGAAGAAAUCAUUCUUAGCUGAAGUAGCAACAAUAGGUAGCAUUCAACAUGUCAAUCUAGUAAGCCUUGUUGGAUUUUGUGCUGAGAAAUCACACAGGCUUCUGGUUUAUGAAUACAUGACCAAUGUCUCUUUAGAUAGGUGGAUUUUCCGCAGAAAGCAGGAACAAUUUCUCACAUGGGAUGUCAGGAAAAAAAUCAUAUCAGACGUCGCCAAGGGCAUCGCUUACUUACAUGAAGAUUGUAACAACAAAAUUAUCCAUUUGGAUAUCAAACCUCAGAACAUUCUUCUUGAUCAUAAUUUCAAUGCAAGAGUAUCAGAUUUUGGGUUAUCAAAGCUCGUGGGAAAAGAUGAAAGUAAGAUAGUUACAACAAUGAGAGGAACACCAGGAUAUUUAGCACCAGAAUGGUUGAACUCAGUCAUUACAGAGAAAGUAGAUGUUUAUAGCUUUGGAGUUGUGAUCUUGGAAAUCAUCUAUGGCCGAAAGAAUUUGGAUCGUCUUCAAGAUGAGAAUGAUAUGCAUUUGCUAGGUUUGUUCAAGAGAAAAGCAAAAGAGAUACAACUCUUGGAAAUGGUGGACAAGAACAGUGAGGAUAUGCAGCUCCACAACGAAGAGGCUGUGGAAAUCAUGAAGAUUGCAGCAUGGUGUUUACAAAGUGAUUAUACUAAGAGGCCUUCGAUGUCAUUGGUAGUUAAGGUGUUGCAGGGUUUAGUGGCUGCUGAAACUGACUUGGAUUACAGCUUUCCAUAUCCACCAUUGAGAAGAAGAGUUGCCGAAGAUAAUCAAGAAAGGGAAGCUGCGGUUUGUAUCAGCUUACCAGUUCCUUCAGAGUUAUCAGGACCUAGGUAA